GUUUUUUUUAUAAACUGAAUCCCUCAAAAUGAAAAGUCAAAUCCACUAGAGAUAAAUACUCUCUCGUGCAGUUUCACAGAUCCGAUUUCUCCAAAGCUUUUAUUUGUUUCUCCCUUUUGAACCGCCUGCUUAUUUUCCUGGAAAAUACAUCAAAAAAUCCUAUCUUUUUCACUUUCUCCGAGAAAAUAAAGUUUUAAUCUUUCCAGUUUUAGUUCAAACACACUAGAACAGAGAGUUAACAGAGCUAAAGGGUGUUUCGAACGCUAACUGCUGAUGAUCUCAUGUUUAUGAAGAGAAGUUUCCAUUUUUUCCCAGGAAAGUGAAGAGAUUUUGAGAGUAUUGGUAAGUGCAUUUUUCUUCUUCUUUAGGAUCUCUUAAUCCUACAAAAAAAAGUUUCUUUUUUUUUGCGUCAUUUAUACCGUAAAAAAUAAAUAAAAUGGUAUAACACUUCUAAAAAAUGGUGGCAUUAAAUGUUUGUAAUUUAAUGCCGAAACCAAAUUGCAAUAAAGAAGAAAGAGAGAUUGGCUCUACUCUUUUGGUCAUAUCUCUCUGUGUUUCAAAUUAAUAGCAGAGACAGUGAUUUUUCAACAGCUUCAAAGUAUGUGGCUUUUCUUAUCCAAAGCUUGGAUUUUUCUUACAAGUGAUCCUAGGUUGUCUUCUUCAACCUAGUAGGGUGUUUGAUCCAUUGUUUUUUUUAAAUUCUGUUCUGUUUUUAUUGUUAAGUUUAGGUUGAAGUUAAUGGCUGAAGAAGGUUGAGUCUCUCUGUAUCUACUGAUCAAAUUGUGUUUUUUCUGACUGGUGCUUGAAGAUAUAGCUCUGGUGUUAUUGACUUCUCUGUCUGCAAGAUUAACAACUCUCUUAAAACCAUGAGAGCAGAUAAUGAUCAUGUGGUUGGAAACUCGGUAGAGAGCUGCAAAGAUGAGUCCAAGCCUCAUCAAUGUCCUGAAGAGAAGUGGGAAGAUGCAGAGCUAAAGAUCCAAGAAAAUGGGAAGAACGGUAGCAAUGUGCCUCCUGAGUUAUUCUAUGAUACAAGAACCGGCGACGAAUGGGAUAAAGAGAAUGAUGGAAAAGAUUCUAAUGAGGAUGGAAAGAAUAAUAUAGAUGCUAAAAGUGGUUCUCCUGAGCCAGUUGAUCCGGUGUUUUUUAUGGACAAGAAUGUAACGGCCUGUGACUUGCCUGAGAUUGUGGUUUGUUACAACGAGAACACUUACUACCAUGUGGUGAAGGACAUAUGUGUUGAUGAGGGCGUGCCGGUCCAAGAGAAGUUCUUAUUCGGUGAGAAAGGCUCAGUGAAAUGCAGCUCAGACUCAAACCAGUGUGAGUCAGAGGAUUUGAUGAAAGCAGACAAAGGGAUAGAAACAAUCAUCUCCUCAGAAGAAGACAGAAAUGGUAAGGUCGAUGAUGAAUCUGAGCUUUGUAAUGAUCCUAAGACAAACCAAGAUGUUGAAGAAUCUCCAAGAGAAGACUUUGCUGAUGCUGAAGGUUCUUCUAGCAGUUGCAAUCAAGAUCAUUUGAUUGUGACAAGAGAGGCCAAGGACUCUCAUGAAAUUGAAGUGGCUACCUCAGAGAAUGUUCCAAAGGAAUCUAAAACUUUGGGAGACAUUCUAUCAUGGGAAGAUGAACCAAAACCUCUUGAAGAACAAUCUCAACCUCAGCUUCAGGAGAAGGAAAGAGAUGAGCCAAAAGAAGCAGAGGAGGAGAAGCUUUCCUCUCUUCCCACAACAAUCUCUCAAGAGCCAAACAAGCCUUUCAACGACAAUCAGCAACCAAGCUUGGUAGUGGGAGAUACUUUGGAAGACAACAAACUUAUCUCAGGUGGAUUUGGAGAGACAAGUUUCUCAGGAGCAGAAGCAGUUUCAAUCUCAGGUCAUAUAACGUACACAGGACCUAUUGCAUUCUCUGGAAGCCUCUCUGUUCGUUCUGAUGCAAGCACAACCAGUGGAAGAUCCUUUGCUUUCCCAGUAUUACAGUCAGAAUGGAACAGUAGUCCUGUAAGAAUGGCCAAACCGGAGAAGAGGAGACACAAAGGAUGGAGACAGAUUCUUCUUUGCUGUAGAUCCUCUUGAUCAACUAGUUCAAAAGCUUCUUUACUUUGAAGCACAGAGGAGGAAGGAGAUAUGAGAUUUUACAGUAUUUUUUUCUUUAAAAGGGAUGUUUUAUAUUUUAAAUGCUGAAGUAAAUAUUUUUUCUCUUUUUUUUUGGGUGGUUUAUAGUUAUGACAUGGUGUGUGUAAUUGGCAUUUUGGUAGUAGUAUUAACAGCUAGGGGCUUUUGAGAUUGGUUAAAGAUGCAACAUGGUCGGUGUUAUGUAACCGAUGAGUUUAUUACUAUUAUAACUUCAUUUUCAUU